AUGGACUUGCUAGUGCUUUCUCCCACAACAUCCUCUCCAGACACUACUCCACAGGCCGAAUCUUCAGAAGAGAUCUCAACCACAUCCCCAGACACCACUCCACAACCUGAUUCUUCAGAAGAGAUCUCAACCACUUCCCCAGACACAACUCCACAGGCUGAUUCUUCAGAAGAGAUCUCAACCACAUCCCCAGACACAACUCCACAGGCUGAUUCUUCAGAAGAGAUCUCAACCACAUCCCCAGACACAACUCCACAGGCUGAUUCUUCAGAAGAAGUCUCAACAACUUCUUCUGAUGCUACAACACCAGAACCUAGCUCAGAAGAAGAGCCUUCCACGACACCACAGGCCCCCCACGUAGCACCUUUCCACUGCUACGAAUGCCAUAGCGGUACUGUCGGCUACUGGCUGAACCCCAUGUGUCCAUCCAGUGGGAAAAUCCACGGAUGGGCUGCUUUGCCAGUUGCUUGCGAUGGACCAUGCGUAUCUGUUGUCACAAAAUUUCCCAAAGGAGAGGUGUACCGGGCUUGCUCCACAAACUACUACUUCCCAUUCCGUGUCCCCUAUGACGGCUGUAUUCGACACAACCAGGAACUCUACUGCUUCUGCUCGGGAGAUUUGUGCAACAACCGGAACAUGGUGGCUGACCAGCAAGCUUACAUUCUCAAGGGACUCAUCACAAAAUACUAA